GAAAUUACACAUUACCGAAAAGUACAAUCAAAACACAUUCCUUACAUAAAAUGAAAUAAAGAAAAAUAAAUUGUUGCGUAACCUCUGUGUUGUUUUGUUUUGAUACUGCUCGAAAAUUUAUUGAAAUACUUGUUGAACGCUGACGUAUCAACAUGACUUCUAUCUUAAAACGUGCGAUAACGUCAAUAAAAAGUCAGUUUCCUUUAAAGAAUUACAUCAAUAAAUCUUCGGCAUUUAAAGUAAAUAGACACUUUUCCGUCGGAACAACUAAAAACAUGAAACUCGUGCAAUUUAGUUACAAAGAUUGCCCUUGCGAUAUUUAUGUCGGAUAUUUAAUAAAUGAUAAUCUUGUUGAAGUUAAUAAAGCCGAUCCUUCAAUACCGUAUUCACUUCUCGAUAUUUUAAGAACUGAUUCUCUCGACAAAGUGCGAAAGGUAGUAUGUACGAAUCCUGAUCCGAUACCUUUGAAUGCUGUGAACUUAGUCGCUCCCAUACAUGGUAUGGACAAAAUUCUCUGCGUCGGUCUAAACUACAGAGAUCAUUGUGCGGAGCAGAACCUGACCCCGCCUGAAGUGCCAAUCAUCUUCAGUAAAUUCUCGAGUACGAUUAUCGGACCAGGUGCUGCAGUCCGUCUUCGUAAUUGUGCUAAGCAGGUGGAUUGGGAAGUAGAAUUAGCAGUUGUUAUAGGCAAGACUGCGACUAACGUGAGAGCUGAGGAGGCGUAUGACUAUGUAUUAGGUUAUACAGUAGCACAGGACAUCAGCGCAAGGGACUGGCAGAAAGCCAAGAAUGGUGGACAGUUUCUAUUGGGCAAGUCUAUGGACACGUUCUGUCCGAUUGGGCCGUGCAUCACAACUCAAGGUUCAAUUGGAGAUCCGGAGAACCUCACCAUACGAUGCAGCGUCAACGGCGUGCAGAAGCAGUGCAGCAAAACUGACCAGCUGAUACACAAGAUACCUGAUAUCAUAGAAAGACUAACAUGUGUAAUGACUCUUCUUCCCGGGGACAUAAUAUUAACAGGCACCCCCGGGGGGGUGGGAAUGUAUCGCAACCCCCCAGAAUACCUCAAGCCCGGUGAUGUUAUCUGCAGUGAGAUAGAAAACAUCGGCGUUCUCGUCACCAAAGUCGCAAAGUUCUAGCUGUGAAUUACAAAUGGCGUAACACUUCUUUACGAACACUAUUACUGUCUGUUUCUUUUAAGUAAAAUAAGAAGGAUAGUAAUAUUGUAGUAGUAGUGUUACCACAGUGGAGAUUUACUGUAACAGAAAGAUAAUCUUGUAUAUAUUAUAAAUAUAAAUUAUACACCAUUUUUUAUAGU